AUGGGAGGCUUACGUGAGGAACAAGCAAGAGAAAUCGCCAUUGCGUUGGAACGAACCGGCCACCGUUUCUUGUGGUCUCUCCGUCGUGCAUCUCCGAAUAUAUUCAAAGAACCUCCAAGAGAGUUUACAAAUCUUGAAGAAGUUCUCCCGGAGGGGUUCUUUUAUCGGACAAAGGAGAGAGGGAAAGUGAUCGGAUGGGCUCCGCAGGUGGACGUGCUAGCUAAUCCGGCGGUUGGAGGUUUCGUCACUCACGGCGGUUGGAAUUCGAUCCUCGAGAGUCUUUGGUUCGGUGUUCCCACGGCGCCAUGGCCGUUAUACGCGGAACAGAAGUUCAAUGCUUUCGAGAUGGAGGACGAGCUUGGACUAGCUGUGGAGAUAAGAAAGUAUUGGCGAGGUGAUCUUAUUGUGGGAUUGGGAAAGGAUACGGUUUUGGUGACGGCAGAGGAAAUAGAGAGAGGAAUCAUGUGUCUGAUGGAACAGGAUAGUGAAGUGAGGAAGAGAGUGAAGGAGAUGAGCGAGAGCUGUCACGUAGCCUUAAUGGAUGGUGGAUCGUCUCAAACUGCGUUGCAAAC